CUGGGAGAGUAUGGGAAGAUUGGUGAGCAUGCCGUUGCCUGAGAGGGGGACAGGGAAAGACAUGAAGCCUCUUGCAGUCAUUCCAAGCCACGGAUGAAGUCGUGGCCCGUGCCUGCUCUGUCCAGCCAUGUUGUUUGGCACUGGGAUUGGGUAGAUGGUCAGAACAUCGGGAAACCACGGAGGGGGCUGCACGGAGGCACUGGGUGUGGAAGCAUGCGGACUCUGUACCAGGGGAGCUGCCGGGCAGCCGGGAAGCAGCAGGCCGGCUAGGCUGCCCCAGGAGAACUCAGGGCUGUGUCCUGCCAGGGCCGGGCUGCCAGGGGCAGGCCGCUGCCUGGGACUUUGGACUGUCUGUCCAGUGGCUGAUCAGGGAGACCAGGCUCUCUGAGCUCCUCCUUCUCACCCCCUCCACCUGCCAGACUUCAGAUCUGACCUCAGACCUGCCUGCUGCCUUGGGAGGCCCUGCCUCCCUUCCCCUCAGGCAAGAUGCCCAUCCUCAAGCAGCUGGUGUCCAGCUCCAUGCACUCCAAGCGCCGCUCCCGCGUGGACCUCACAGCAGAGAUGAUCAGUGCCCCACUGGGCGACUUCCGCCACACCAUGCACGUGGGCCGGGCAGGGGAUGCCUUUGGGGACACCUCAUUCCUCAAUAACAAGGCUGGCGAGCUAGACGGUGAGUCCCUCGAUGAGCAUGCGUCCUCCUCUUCAUCCAAACGCAGCCUCCUGUCCCGGAAGUUUCGGGGCAGCAAGCGGUCACAGUCGGUGACCAGGGGGGACCGGGAGCAGAGGGACAUGCUGGGAUCGCUGCGGGACUCAGCCCUGUUUGUCAAGAACGCCAUGUCCCUGCCCCAGCUGAACGAGAAGGAGGCCGCCGAGAAGGGCUCCAGCAAGCUGCCCAAGAGCCUGUCGUCCAGCCCCGUGAAGAAGGGGAAUGGCGGGGAUGGUGACCAGGAGGCGGCCCAUGUGGAGGAGGUGCCCCGGCGGAACGGGGCCACGGGCCCCUACUCCCCCGACCCCCUCCUUGAGGAGAAGGCCUUCGGGGACCUGACAGACCUGCCCGUCGUGCCCAAGGCCAGCUUCGGGAUGAAGCAUGCGGAGUCCAUCAUGUCCUUCCACAUUGACCUGGGGCCGUCCAUGCUGGGCGACGUCCUGAGCAUCAUGGACAAGGACGAGUGGGAAGCAGAGGAGGAGGGUGGCGGUUACCACAGCGACGAUGACCUGGGCAGUCUCUCCAGAGCUCCCCUUUCUGUGUCGGGGGCCCCUCCCCCAGCCAGGCAGGAAGGCAAAGCUGGCCGGGACUCACCCCCGCUGCCCCAGGCUCCGCAGGACGAGGGGUGGGCGGCGGCGGCAGCCCCCAGCCCUGGCUCGGCCCGCAGCGUGGGCAGCCAUACCACACGGGACAGCAGCUCCCUGUCCAGCUGCACUUCCAGCGUCCUGGAGGAGCGCAGCCCCGCCUUCCGGGGGCCAGACAGGGCCCGGGCCGCUCUCCCCAGGCAGCCUGACAAGGAGUUCUCUUUCAUGGAUGAGGAAGAGGAGGACGAGAUCCGAGUGUGAGGCUGGAGGAGGUGGGGCUCCACGCUCUUGGCUUCAUCUCCCUGCCCCCAGCCCACCACCACCUCCUCCUCCCCGUUCAGGGGCAGCCAAGAGCCUGGCUUCUGCCACAGACUCUGGACCUCAUAGAUGAGAGGCAUUGGCCAAGCCUGGGGGCCCAUGGAGGACUUGAGGAGCUGGCCUGGGUGCCAGCUGGGGUGCCUGACUUUGUCGCACACCCUGGCCUCCCGGAGCUUUGUAGGACGGGGCUAUGUUCUUACAGCAGGAAUCAGUUUCCUUUUCUCCACUUUGGCCUCAAAUGGAUGCCAGAUGUCAACUCGAGUUCCUGCCUCACCCCCCGCAGCAAUGCAGGUCAGCCCAGGGGUGAUCUCGGUGCCAGGGCUGAGGACACUGGCUCUCCUUUUCUCUCCUGGAGUUUCUGCUGUGACCUGGCAGUGACUUCCCCAGUUAAAUGUGUAUCACGGGAGGAACUGGGCAGGCACACGUCUCGGCCCCUCCCUCCCCUGCCUGAUUCAUGCACCGGAAGCCUGGACCCCCUUGGAGAAAAGCCAGGGCGAACAUGAACACUAAACGCAGCCCCUUCCAGGGGAAAAGAUCAGGGAGGGGAGCGGAAGGGAGGUCCCUGGGCUUCAACUUCUCUUUAAGAAGAGCCCUUGUAGGAUGACACUAGCAGUCACUCAGCCGAUGGGUGGGUUGGUUCUUUCUCAUCACGGUUAAAUCUUUCUAGAGCAGUAGCAAGAACAGUGUUAGCAGGUCUGCCACCAGAGGGAACAUCGACUCCUUUGAGACACCUUGAAACUAAAUGCGCUCAAACUUUUAUUUAGAAUUGUAUAGUGUGGGCGUCUGUGGGUGUGUCCCCCCCCCACCCUACCCAUCGCUCUUAACCGCGGAAGGCGUCCAGUAUAGAAUAUUUCUGAAAAAUGACUUUUUAAAAGUAAUAUAUCAUUCCUGUGGGGGAGAAAAGCUUCUUCUUCUUUUUUUUUUUUUUUUUUUUUUGGCUUUUGGACUGAGUUAUUCCCCCUCCACCCCACUACUUCCUUUCCCAGGCGCCUCUGCCAGCUCGGCCCCUCGCUGACUUUGGAGGCCAGGGCCCUGAGAGUCUAGGUACACAGGUGCCCGAUUUAGCAACAAAAGAAACCAGGAGGUUGAGUUAAUGAGAAUUUCAGGUACACAAAGGGUAAUUUUUCAGUGUAAGUAUGCCCUUUUGCUCUAUGUGGCACAUACCCGAUAUUAAAAACUUAUUUGUUGUUCUUCUGAAAUUCAAAUAUCACGCUGUGUCCUAUAACCCUGCCCACGGGCAUUGAGGAGGAGCUUGGGUGUGAGCCCCAGGGUUAACUGAUAGUUGUUUUCCUGGCCUGGGAACCGGCUGACCCACCUCCUCCUGUCCCCUAAUAGCCACUGCGGGGAGGGGCUGACAACACAGAACCCCACCAGGGCAUGGCUGCUCCCCCCUCCCAUUUUCUGCCGGAUCCUGACUCAGACGCUAAGUUAGUUCCUCAUAUGAGUGCGAGUACCACACGGGUGCUCGGUUUCAGUAGUGCAACCCCCACUGGCUGCCCCUCAGACCCAUCCAGAUGGGCAGUUCCAGAUUCUGAGCUGUAUAUUUUUUCCAUGAUAUUGUUAAAACAGCAAGGCAACAGUAAAAAAAA